AUGAAAAAAUUAUUUUUUGUGAAUUUUUCUUUUUCUAAACUAUAUUCUCUUCCUUUUUUAAUGCAGAACAUGAUAAGAAGUGGUGCAAGGCAUAUUUUUUAUAAAUCAUAUUUCCGUCCUUUUCAUACUAGUUUUAUACAAAGUUCUGGGUCUUUUAUCCAUAGAAAUACAUCAUAUAAUAAUCCUGAUAUUCCAUUUGAAUUUACACCUGAAAACAUGAAACAUGCAAAGGUUAUAAUGAACAAGUAUCCUACUGAAUGGAAAAAGGCUGCUGUUAUGCCACUCCUUCAUUUAGGACAACGUCAGUUAGGUUAUACUAGUAUUAGUGUUAUGGAUUAUGUAGCAAAACUUUUAAAUAUUCCAAAAAUGCGUGUCUAUGAAGUAGCAACUUUUUAUACAAUGUAUAACCGUGAACCAGUAGGGACUUUGGUGCAGGUUUGUACGACGACUCCAUGUCAACUUUGUGGAUCAGAUGAAAUUCUUAAAGCUGUACAAGAUUAUCUUGGUGUUACUCCUGGACAUACAACAAGCGAUGGAAAAUUUACGCUUAUGGAGAUAGAGUGUGCAGGGGCAUGUGUUAAUGCACCUCUUCUUACUAUUGGAGAUAAUUAUUAUGAGGAUCUUAAUCCUAAGACUUGCAUUGAUAUUUUAAAAAUGGUUAAAGAUGGUAAAAUUCCUAAACAUGGUCCACAAACUGGUCGCCAAAGUUGCGAGCCUAAAUCAGGUCUUACAUCACUCACUGAUGAGCCUUGGACAUCUUUCUCAGUACUUCGAAAAGAUGGUGCUUUGUAA